UGAAACUUUACGCUUUGACCAGUCAAGUUAUCAAUGGGGAGAUGCAGUUCUACGCCAGGGCCAAACACUUCUACCGGGAGGUGCCAGCCACAGAAGAGGGCAUGAUGGGAGACUACAUUGAGCUCUCCAAUACAGACAUUGAAUCCUCCAGGAAGUUUCUCAGGAAGUUUGUUGGGGGGGUGGGCAAAGCUGGCACCAACCGCGCCCUGGACUGCGGCUCUGGGAUAGGUCGUAUCAGCAAGCAUGUCCUGUUACCAGUUUUCAAGAGCGUGGAACUGGUGGAUAUGAUGGAGAAUUUCCUGGCUGAGGUCCCAAACUACCUGCAGGGCAAGGAGGACAGAGUAGAGAUGUAUUAUUGCAAAAGCCUUCAGGAAUUCACUCCUGCCCCACAAAGAUAUGAUGUCAUCUGGAUUCAGUGGGUUUCAGGAUAUCUGACAGAUAAAGAUCUCCUGGAGUUUCUCAUCCGGUGCCAGAAUGGCUUGAAGGAUAAUGGUGUUAUCAUUCUCAAGGACAAUGUAGCCCGGGAGGGCUGUUUCCUGGAUUGUCUGGACAGUAGUGUGAUCCGAGACCUGAACAUCCUCCACAGCCUCAUUGAAAUGAGUGGACUCACCAUCCUACGAGAGGAGAGGCAGGAGGGAUUCCCUGAGCAGUGUGUCCCUGUCUGGACAUUGGCCAUGCAGAAAAGCCCUGGCCAUUCCUGA